AUGGCGCCAGCGCGCCACACCCUCCGCACCGCGGUGCCCCGCGCCGGUUUUCUUUGGGAGCCUCGCUCCACCGUGCUCCGCCAGGAGCGUGAGGACCGUGCUGUCGUCGCCGCCCUGCACGACCACGGAGUUCUGGCCGUCCCCAAGAGGGUCUCAGGCGGCAACGUUUGCCUCCACAUAGAACGAGAACUCGCGGGUAUGUUCGACGCGGCCUGUCGCGCCGUUGACGCCGAACCUGACCUCUUGCGUGGCAUGGAGGCCUUCGAGUUCGUCGGUGACCACCUCUGGCAUUCCGGCGUCCUCUCUUGGGCCCGCGCUGGCGCCCUCGAAGAGGAGCUCUUCAUCAAUCUCUUCUUCGAGGUCUACCGACGACGCCUCGAUUGGUACGCGAACCCUCGCGAACCCUUCAACUUCAGCGACCACGGCCCUCUUGCCCACAGCGUCGACACCUUCCACAAUAUAGCUAGUGACUACUGGGGACAGACCGACUUCGAAAUGUGGGCGAUGGUCCAUGCGCCGGUGAUCGAAUUUUCCGGGGCGGUUGGCCAGGGAAAUGAUCCUGUGGCGGUGGCACCCCAUACUCUGACUACGGGUGCCUUGGCUGUUGCGUAUGAGGGACAUCCACAAAUGCACCAUGAUCCGGGGGGCCAAGACGAGGAAAUGGACAUUGAAAUGGGCGAUACGGUGGAGGAGAUGCGCGAGCGUCUCGCUCGCACUGGCCUAGGCGUGCAAGAGGACGUCGAGAUGAAGGAGUAG